ACUGGUCUGUUAGACAAUGGAGCAUUUUUAUUUAAAAGUCUAACGACAAGGGUAUAUAAAGUCGGAUAGUAUAAAAGAGGGCAAAUAUAAACAAUAUUUAAAAGUAAAGGGACAUAUACGACCCUUUUCCGAAUAUAAUUUCAAGAAACAGGACCCCAGGAAGAACUUUUGUUUUAAGUAGAAAAGAAUAGGUGGCUGGCUUAAACGGAAACCUACAAACCAGCACCUGUAAAAUCAAGAUUGAAGUGUUCCACCAAGCACUGCAACACGUGUAUUUCCAACUUCUAAUACAUUGUUGACCGCACCUUUUCCUUCCUGGCGCUAUUUAAUGGAGGUCGAUAUGACACCCUGUUUUCCAGUGAAAAAAACUGUAUACUAACUCGUUGGAAACGGAAAAGAAAUGAAUCAAGAACAACCAAUGCUGCACGGUGGCAGUGAACCAAUCAAAUAUGGGGACGUGUUCGAGGUCUCAAGCCAACUUGCUUCAAAACCCGUAGCGCCACAAGAUGUAACUAUCAUGCAGUCAGCUGAGACUAUAGCGCUAGGUCAUGUUCCAAGAGGUGGUCCUGCGUCAAUUAUGCAGUCAGCCGCCGCUCAGAAUGAGCAUCUUGGUGCCGUAAGCCGUGAUGACAUGACGGAUAUCACCAGAGAUGAAGGUGUCACUGUCUCUCAAGCAGAAGUUGGGGGUACUCGCCUUGUUUCAGAAGCUGUCGCUGGAGAGGUUGUUGGACAAUAUAUUUAUCCAUCAGAAGCAGGUGAUGGAGAGAGAGCAGCAAGAUAUCCUACAACAGGAGCUCAGUCCGAGUCCACUACCAUAGGUGAAGCUCUGGAGGCAGUGGCUCUUACUGCAGGGGAUAAACCAAUUGAGCAGAGCGACGCUGCAGCUAUACAGGCUGCAGAAGUAAGAGCUACGGGACUAGCCGAAGUGAUGCCGGGAGGUAUAGGAGCAGAAGCUCAACAUGCAGCUGCAAUAAAUGCUCGAACCACGCCGGAGGAUGAUAAGACCUCUCUCAGUGAUGUUCUAACAGAUGCAACGAGCAGGCUUAUAGGUGACAAGGCAGUGAAGAAGGAAGAUGCAGAAGGAGUGGUGGGUGCUGAAAUAAGAGCUAAGCGUGACUUGGCUACACAUCCUGGAGGCGUAGCAGCAUCUAUGGCCGUGGCAUCCAGUCUGAACGAAUUCUAGAUCAGCGUUUGAGCACAAUCCGAAAUGGGUCCUUUUGCUUGGGUUCUGCUCUAUGUUCCAAGUAGUUUAGUGUAUACACUAUCCUCUUAGGUUGUAGGCUUGUAGAGCAUUGUACAUGGUGGUUUUGCCAGUUUUUGAACUUUUCAGGCGUAUCUUUUUUGUAAGCUACGCCUUAUCCUGCCUUCUGGAUCAUGAAUGUUGAUGUGCAUUAACUGGGGAAGUUUAUGUUAAUAGCAAAUUCGGCACGAGUUCUUUGGUCUA